AUGGGCAUCAUGAAUUCAUUCGUGAACGACAUCUUAGAGCGCAUCGCGGGCGAGGCGUCGCGCCUGGCGCAUUACAACAAGCGCUCGACCAUCACAUCCAGGGAGAUCCAGACGGCCAUGCGCCUGCUGCUGCCCGGGGAGCUGGCCAAACACGCGGUGUCCGAGGGCACCAAGGCCGUCACCAAGUACACCAGCUCCAAGUGA